ACCGCGCGCUCUGCCGCGUGCUACCGACCACUCCGGAGUUUUCCCUUUUUCUUUCUUUCUUUUCCUCUUUCGAGACCUGGGAAAGCGAUCCGCGGGUCUUUUUUUAUACACCUCCUGCACGUGCAUGCACGAGCGCCGCGCGACCAUCCCCGUCCCGGUGCGUCCCGAUCCCGGGGGCUUUUUUUUUUUUUUUUUUAAAGGGAAUAUUACAAUCAAUUAUUAAUAACAAUAACAACAAUAAUAAUAACAUCACUGCUGCUUUAUCAGUACUUUUUUCUUACUUGUUCAAGAGGAGCGCGCGCGCGCGUGUGUGUGUGAGAGAGAAGUGAGCAGAGAUGCUCUGAUGGGUUUGUAAUCAGUGAGCUUCUUUACACUUACACACACACACACACACACACAAGGACGACUGCGCGCGCUUGGAAACGCAACUCGGACCCGCGAUGAUCCUCUCCACGGUUUGCGUUCUGCUUCCUCUGCUGGACGUCCUGCUGUCUGCGGAAAAGUCCGUGUUUGCUGCAGCGAGCCGGAUGGACUGCGUCGGAGCCAGCGAGCUGUGCUUAAAGGAGCCCGGCUGCAGCACCAAGUAUCGGACUAUGAGGCAGUGCAUAACGGGGCAAGAGGGCAACAUCAGUGUCGAGGGGAGGGACGAGUGCCGCAGCGCUCUGGAAGCGCUUAAGCAGAGCCCGCUGUACAACUGCAGGUGCAAAAGAGGCAUGAAGAAGGAGAAGAACUGCCUACGCAUCUACUGGGGACUCUAUCAACACUUAAAAGGAAAUGAUCUACUGGAGGAAUCUCCUUACGAGCCCGUGACAAGCCGUGGAUCAGAUAUAUUUCGACUGGCCCCCAUGUUUUCAGAGGGAGACAUGAACAGCGACCCCCGGAGUGCUCCAGACACCAUGACCCCGGGCCAUAACCCUGGUAGAAACAAGAGAUCAAACACCGCUUGGGCUAUUCCGGGAGACCUUCUGACCAAGGACAACAACUGCCUCAGUGCGGCCAAAGCAUGCAACCUGAAUGACACGUGUAAGAAGUACCGCUCGGCCUACAUCAGCCCGUGCACAAGCCGCGUCUCCACGGCCGAAGUCUGCAACAAGCGCAAGUGCCACAAGGCUCUGCGGCAAUUCUUCGACAAGGUGCCCGCCCGACACAGCUACGGCAUGCUGUACUGCUCAUGUCCCCCGAAUGACCAGGUGGCCUGCUCCGAGCGUCGGCGCCAGACCAUCGUCCCCGCGUGCUCAUACGAGGAGAAGGAGAAGCCCAACUGCUUGGCACUGCAAGUCACCUGCAAAAGCAACUACAUCUGCAGGUCACGUCUAGCGGAUUUCUUUUCCAACUGUCAGGCUGAACCACGCUCUCUUUCUGGCUGCCUGAAAGAAAACUACGCUGAUUGCCUCCUCUCCUACUCAGGCCUCAUUGGUACGGUGAUGACCCCAAACUACCUGCGCUCUCCUAAAAUCAGCGUGUCACCGUUCUGCGACUGCAGCAACAGCGGCAACAGCAAAGAGGACUGCGAGCGGUUCACAGAGUUCUUUACCGACAAUGCUUGCCUGCGUAAUGCCAUUCGGGCAUUUGGAAACGGGACAGACGUGAGCCUGUGGCAAUCCGCUCCAGUGCAGAGCACCACGCCAUCACACACAAGUAGAGUACGUGGGAAAUUGCUCAACGUGGGGCCAGACAUGAACAGCAACCAGCUGAACCCUGAGGACUCACUCUACCAGUUAUGUGGGAACCUACAGGCACAGAAUAUGAAAACCAACCAAACAAAAAAUUUGGUGUGUGUGGAUACACAGAUCGACAAUCCCAGCUCCUCCAACUCCUUCUCGGGGAACUCGGCAUCUCGGUCAGGCUUUAGCACGCUGCUGCUCCUGUUGCUCAGCUCUUUUCACUGCUCCCUGGCACUCUUGCCACUCAACCUGAUACUGUAGUUGUAGCCACCUGGCCAGUUCAACACAUGGACACUUCUGAUUUGUAAUCUCUGGUAUAUGUUCCAGGUCUACCUGUUGUACUCACCCUCUCUCACUAUCUCCUCUCUCUAUUCCUAUGGCUCUGAGUUUUAUGAGCUUUGGUUUAUGCGAAAGUGAAUUCGGUGUAAUUUGAGUUGUUCUUUCUUUUUUUUUUUUUUGUUCUUUUCUUUUUUGUACCUGGAGAUUAACAGCGAAAAAGAAUGUGCAAGAUUUAUUCCUGCAACUUCCGAGACGGACCACAAGCCGGUCUCAGGGGUGAGAGAUCGAUGAAUUAAAUGGUGGUCCAAAUGAGUGCCGGCAGCUUUCUUAAGUGUUUCACAAAUCUCAUCUGUAUUCCUGCGUAUGUUGUGUGCGGUAUAACAUGCAGUGACUUUCCAACUGGCACACAAAACAGAAGCUUACUGAUGGGUUUUGUCAGUUUCAACCCUUCUUCUCACUCAUACCAUAAACACACCAUAAACAUACUAAUAGCGAAUCGAAGUAACUUUUGGAGGCAGACGCAAUGUCCAAGGAAGAUUUAUUUGCUGGGAUUUCUGUUGUGCAUGAGUAUUCUUAUAAAAUAAGAUCCUACUUUGGAACAGGAAGAAUUUUUGAGGAGCGUUUGACCACCAAGGAUCUGACUGAGUAUGUUUCAGUGCCUGGGUCAGUUUGGGAGUACCAGUUAACUGCAUCAAGUAGAGUGCCUCUGAUUCUAUUAACAGUGAUGUAUAUGAUUUCUUCAAUCUCUUACAGUAUAUUCUCUUUUAGGAACCUUCAUUGUAACUCUAGUCAUCGCCAGUCAAACUCAUCUGUCCUUAAAGUGCAUAUACGUAAUGCCUUUACAGUGCAGACUGUGCUUGGACCCCUUGUGUCCAAAUGAAAUACUGUACGUGUAUUAUAGUGUUCUUUCUUUUUUGUGUGUGUUGUAAUUACGAGCAUCACAGAAGGAGGCUGUGUUAUGGCCGUAUGCUCACGAUCAGAUCUUGAUCUUAAUCGACACUAAGGCUUUAAAGAUCAAACUUAAAAGUUUCCUUUGAAAUGAACCAGAGAAGCGAGCCGCGCUCACAAAGCAUGUGCAGAUUGAACAGCCAUUGCACAUUUGAAGCAUUUAUGACAUGACGUUUGGCUUUUUCUUUUUCUUUCUAGAAAAUAACACAAGAAAUGUGUUGCUCUCUUUAUUUAUUAAGAGACUUAUUUACUUAAAAAGGCAGAUUUUUAUUUGAUAAUGCAACUUAACCUACUGCAUAAAGUCAUAAUGAAAUGUUUAGAUAAACAUAUAUACACCAUGUAAAGGAAUAAACUCCAUCUAUAAUGACUGCUGCCCCAAAGUGUAUGACAGAGUCGAUUGAAUACCGAACUUGUUUAAUUGCUAAAAAUAAGAAAAAAAAAAAAAAAAAGAAAGGGAAAAGCAAAGAAGGGGGAAAACUCUUAUUUUUGUAUCUUUUGCAUUGUGUUUUCUUAAUCACAAAACUCUUGCCCAUAGGUUAGAAAUGUUGCAGUAAAACAUUUAGAGAUGGCGUUAGCAGGUACAGAUGAGGAUUCCAGCCCUUCAUUAAGGGAUACACUGAGUGUACAGUACAAAACAAAAUACCUCUGAAUAUUCCAUUGUGUGUGUUUUUUUUUUUUUUUUGACCAUUUGACUAUUUUCAUCACGGCUAACCUGCACAAACCAUUUCUCUUUCAACACCAUUUUAAAUCCUUGGGACGGUGGAUUAUUCCAAACUACACUGUCAAGAAGUUCAAAAGGUCCCAGCAUUAUUAGCUUUAUCCUGCUGCCUCAAUCCACUGGCGUUUCUCAAUAUAUAUAUAUAUUUUUUAUUCAGUUUUAUUACUGAAGAAUGCAAAUACCAAGAAGUAUUAAAAGGCAGAAGGAUAGCUUCUAUAGCUUUUUUUUUUAAACAAAUCCAGAAUUAUUGGCACCCUCGGUGAAAAUCACAAACGAGAGACUGAUGCAGUGAGGAAUAUUACAGCACGCUUGACCAUAUAGGAAUGCUACAUUUUUUUUUUGUAUAUAUAUAUAUAUAUAUAUUCCCAAUUUAAAACAACAAUUUUGUUGUGAUGAAGUGUAAGUAGUACAUUAUGUGACCUAAUUAUUUUAUUGAUUAGUUUUUGGCUAUAAAUGACAACUUGAAGGCAUAUUGUCUGUUACAAUGUACACUGCUAUUCCACAUUAUCAGUUUUAGAUAGUCUAUUUUUAAUUUGCAUCAGAGCUUUGAUGCAUAUUUUCCUUUCAGUAUGUUUGUUACUGUUCUGUUUUUGAUCGUCCUGCUGUUCUGUGAGUAAUCCAUGUAGUCACGUAACUAAUCAAAUCAAGGAGGGUUAAUCAAAUUAAAACAAAUUUACUAACGUCUCUGGAUACAAUACCCUUUUUCAUGAGCUGCCUUCAACUGAUAUUUCACAUAACUGCUUUGAGAUCUGUUACAGAAACAUGCGGGACAUUUUUUGUUUUAGUUUUUUUAAACAGAACAGAAACAGAACUUAACAGUGGAAAGUUGUUGUUAUCAUAAUAUUAAGAAAUUAAUUGGUUCUACUGUGUUUCAAUUCUUUUAAGAUUUUAAUGCUAAAGAAAGGGCAAGUACUUUCUUAUACAGUUCCACUGUUUGACAAAUAAUUUUUGAUAGUCACAUGACAAGUGCUAAUAAUUCUGGAGUUGACGGUAGCUAGUUUCUACUGCCAGAGGCAAGAACACAGUGCCUCUCACACGGUUGCAGGACCAUUCUUCAUUCAUGUUCUUUGAAGUGUGGUCUUGCAAGGUCAUUUCUUAACUUUUUUUGUUUUGUUUUUUCUCCUGAACAGCCUUUUUUUCACAUUCUUUGUACUGAGAAACCACCUUUUUGUUUACAUCCUCUAAACUCAUCAAUAUGGAUGGAUCAGGAGAGGGAAAAUCAAGAUUAUAGUAUUAUUCAGCUUAUAAUUUUAAGGAAAUAAGCACACUUUUCCAGUGUUCUGCACACUCAGUGUAUGCUGCAAAAAAUGUUUCUGCUUUGUGCAAAUUUUGGGUCAGAACAGGAUAAAGCAAAAAAAAAAAAAAAACGUACAAAAUAUCUUACACACCCUCACCCUCUGGUUGACAACAUGAACAACUUGUUCUUGUUUAUAAAUAAAACAGUUUGCCCAGCUAUCUGACAUAUUUCUUCCUAGCUUGUGAAAAUGUACAAAUAAAUAUUAUAUGAAAAACUGAUUAAACUGAUGGUGAUUUAUUCAA